AUGAAUAAUAUCAUUCGAUAUUCAUCACAUAUUGAUAAUUCUUAUAUAUCAAAAUCUCUAUUAUCAUUGCAAUCAUUUUCUUUUGAACAACAAAUUGAUUUUGAUUACAAUAGUUCAAUACUUAAUCUAUCUCAAACAAAACGUCUUUUUUCAUUAAUUGAUUCACCUAUAUUAAUUAGUAGUAAAACUACAUUACCGACAUUAACUGUUAUACCAUCAAUAUUUUUAAUACGAUUAAAAAAUGAAGCACAACAACGAGGUUUAGAUUUACAUGAUAUAAAAUUAAGUGGUGGUGCUGCAUCAUUUGUACUUGAUCCAACAGGUGAUUUAGCUUUUCGUGAUUUAGAUUUUUUGAUAUCUGUAAAUGAUGUUACAACAGAAUUAAAUUGGUCAAAUAUAAAACAAGCCGUAUUUGAUUCAUUACCAUUACCAAAUCAUGAAAAUCAACAUUUAUGUACAGAAAUUUAUACAGAUAAAAUGAUACGUAUUAUAAAUGAACAUGAUCGUUGGGGUUUAAUAUCAUUACGAAAUGUUGAUGGUCGAAAUUUAGAAUUAAAAUUUGUUGAACAUAUGAAAAGACAAUAUCAAUUUUCAGUUGAUUCAUUUCAAAUAUUGCUUGAUCCAUUAUUAAAUUUUUUUUAUUUAACAAGAAAAUUUCAUUUAAAUUCAAUUAAUUUUCCAACAAUAAUUGUUCUAUCCAGUUAUGGAAAUUUUUCUGAAGCUUUACAACAUUUACAUUAUCGUUUAAUAGAUGUUAAAGCACCUGAAGAAUUACGUGGUGGUGGUCUUUUAAAAUAUUGUGAUUUAUUUGCAAGAGGUUUUCGUCCAACAAAUCAAACACAAAUGAAAGAUUUACAACGUUAUAUGUGUUCAAGAUUUUUUAUUGAUUUUAGAGAUUCAUUAACACAAGAACAAGUUUUAUUUAAAUAUGUAACUAGUCAUUUUGGAACAGAUUAUGAUGUACGUUAUCGAUUUUUACGUUGUUUAUAUGAUGUUAUAUCAACGGAUAGUGUUUGGUUAAGUGGUUUUGAACGUAUAUGUUUUUUACGAACUAUUUCAACAAUGAGUUCGUCUAUUAUGCCACUUAAAUUGACAAUUAAACCAUUACUACAAUCUACUUGUAUUUAUUCAUCAAAAAAAUCAAUAUUAAAUUCUGAAUUACUUCCAUCAUGUAAUUCAACAAUGAAAUAUUCUUCUGUAUUAUCAAUAUCAAAUCAAAAACAUCGAACACCAUCUGUGCCUUCAGCAAAUACUUUAAUUAAAUCAUUAUCAGAAAAAUCAACAAAUCUUGUUCUUCUUCCGUCAUCACCAAUGACAUCUUUAUCACUCGAACAAAUAGAUAUAUUUGUUCAAAUAGUCAAUAGUCUUCGUACUGAACUUUUUCCUAAGCUAAAUAAUUUUUUGUCCUCUAUGUAG